AUGGUGAUCGGAUCAAAAUCCGAUCACCAUAAUUAUCUGGUCUUAUUCAUAAUACCGCAGCGAUGGGUGAUGGCGAUCAUGGGCUUCCUGGCUGUGGCUAAUGCGUACACUAUGCGCGUUUGCCUCAACAUAGCGAUUACGCAGAUGGUGCGCCGGCGGCACCGCGCAGUCGGCGUCGACGACGGUGCCUGCCCGGGUGAAGUGGACGAGAUCGCUCAUGAAACGGCUGAUAUAAGCGGUUUCGAUUGGAGCGAAGAGACCCAAGGCAUAAUCCUGAGCUCAUUCUACUAUGGCUACAUUGUAACUCACCUACCUGGAGGGAUGCUGGCCGAGCGAUUUGGUGGAAAAUACUCUUUAGGAUUCGGAGUGCUAAGCACGGCAUUCUUCACUUUACUCACGCCUUGGACUGUCCAUGUGGGAGGAGCUACUGGGCUUAUUGUGCUCAGGGUUUUGGAGGGACUCGGCGAAGGUACCACAUUUCCAGCUCUAAAUGCUUUGCUAGCACGAUGGGCGCCGGUCUCUGAGAGGGGGAGAAUGGGAUCAUUGGUUUUUGGCGGCGCGCAGAUUGGCAAUAUAGCAGGCACCUACUUAUCCGGUCUCGUGAUGAAGGAAACCGGAGAAUGGCAAUCGGUAUUCUACCUCUUUGGUUCCAUCGGCAUUCUUUGGUUCAUACUAUGGGCGAUACUUUGUUACAACGACCCCGAAUCUCACCCGUUCAUAUCGGACAAGGAAAAGAAAUAUCUGGAAGAAGCUUUGGGCAGGAACCGAAGCAACCAACCGUCAUCUAUACCCUGGAAGGCAAUUUUCAUGUCAGUUCCGCUAUGGGCCCUGGUAUGCGCUCAGAUCGGCCACGACUACGGCUACUUCACCAUGGUGACCGACCUGCCCAAGUAUAUGACGGGCGUGUUGAAGUUUGACAUUCACCGCACGGGCACGCUGGCGGCGCUGCCGUACGCCGUCAUGUGGGUCAGCUCUAUCAUCUUUGGCUGGAUGUGCGAUAAGAUCGUCAAGAGGAAAUGGCUCACCGUCACCAAUGCUAGGAAGACGUUCACUACCAUUGCAUCUGUCGGGCCAGGCAUUUGCAUGAUCCUGGCUUCGUACUCCGGCUGUAACACUGAAUCUGUGGUGAUCCUGUUCACCACAUCGAUGGGGUUGAUGGGCGCCUUUUACCCCGGCAUGAAGGUCAACGCUUUGGACCUGAGCGGAAACUUCGCGGGAACUAUAAUGGCGAUCGUGAACGGCAUAGGAGCCAUCACUGGGAUCAUUGCGCCUUUCUUAGUGGGACUGUUGACGCCUGAUAGUACUUUAGUACAAUGGCGCCUGGUCUUCUGGAUAGCUCUGGCUGUAUUCAUCGUGACGAACUUAGUUUUCGUUGCUUGGGCAUCUGGCGAUGAACAGUGGUGGAAUAACACCACGGAGGACCCCAAGAAGCAGCAAGAAGUAGAAGCGUCGAACCGUUCUGUCAACGCAGAAGUCAAACUGUAG